AGCGAGGCCAAGGGAACAUCAAGCCGUAGUACUAGUUGUGCCGGAAGAGUCUACACCGGAAGUAUAAUUCAGAAAUGUACAAAAUGUGGCUGCUGGUACUGGCGAUGACGCUCGCAGUUGAAGCAUUUCCAAGGAGAUUCAGAAGAGAAACGGAAACUCCUGAAGAACCCAAAAAAUCCUCAGAUCACAGAAGGGGCAAAGCCCUUGGCUACUACCAGCCCUCGUAUAUGAACAACCCCGUGAUGUUUGACCCCUCAGGGCUUCUCCAGUACGAGGAUGCCCUUGCAGCCGCUCUCGCUUCAGCCACCUACUCAGAAGGAGGGGAAAACGAGGAGAACGAAAUCCUUUCAAGGAUGCGUCCUGGGUCGAAGAAACCUGGAAACUCUCCGAUCUACUACAUACGGCUUCCACCUACCCCUUACAUCUACAUCCCCGGGGUCGGCUACGUCUCCAACCCGCCAACUCUUCAGCCACCACCGGUAGUCCAGAGGAGGCCUGACUCACAAUUCCUCAACGUGCCUGUCAGAUUCGUCUCCAACGGGAAGCCAACUGGAGUGUACACACUCGAAAACGAUCUGGGUUACAGUCAGUCAUCGUCCCCACCUAAGGAUUCUCCCAUCACUACUUUAGACAAAGGUCCUUACGUCUUCAACGGAAGACCUACUGAUAUCUACUUGCUGAGGGAUGCUUACAAUUCACUCUACGCUGAUGCCCUGACAAAUUUCUAUCCUUGAUUACGAGAAUGUUGAGGACUUUUGU